AUGGAAAGCAUCAACAGCACCUUGUUGACUGAGUUCAUCUUGACAGGAAUUCCCUACCCACUCCGGCUAAGGACAUUUCUUUUUGUGUUCUUUUUGCUGAUCUACACCCUGACUCAGCUGGGGAACCUGCUUAUUCUAAUCACUGUUUGGGUAGAUGUGCAACUCCAUGCCCAUCCCAUGUACAUCUUUCUUGGUGUUCUCUCCAUCAUUGACAUGGCCAUCUCCACCAUCAUUGUUCCUCGCUUCAUGAUGAGCUUCACUGCAGUCCUCACACCCAUCUCCUUCGGUGGCUGUGUCACUCAACUUUACUUCUACCACUUCCUGGGCAGCACCCAGUGUUUCCUCUACACCCUGAUGGCCUAUGACAGGUACCUGGCCAUCUGCCGGCCCCUGCACUACCCUGUGCUCAUGAAUGCUAAGCUGAGUACCUUACUUGUGGCUGGAGCUUGGGUGGCAGGCUCCAUCCACGGGGCUCUCCAGGCCAUCCUAACCUUCCGUCUGCCUUACUGUGGGCCUAACCGGGUAGAGUACUUCUUCUGUGACAUCCCUGCAGUUUUGAAGCUGGCCUGUGCUGAUACAACCGUCAACAAGCUGGUGACCCUCGUGGACAUUGGGGUGGUGGUUGCCAGUUGCUUCUCCCUGAUUCUCCUCUCCUACAUACGUAUCAUCCAGGCCAUCCUGAGAAUCCAAACAGCUGACGGGCGGCGCCGGGCCUUUUCGACCUGUGGAGCCCACGUAACUGUGGUAACCGUGUACUACGUGCCUUGUGCCUUCGUCUACCUGAGGCCUGAAACCAACAGCCCCCUGGGCGGGGCAGCUGCCCUAUUCCCCACAGCCAUCACUCCUUUUGUCAACCCCAUCAUCUACACUCUGCGGAAUCAAGAGGUGAAGCUGGCCUUGAAGAGAAUGAUAGGAGGCUGUAGGACUUAG